GGGGAAGACGCUGGUUAGGUGACACACCUGCGCGUCCUGUUCCGCCUUAGGACAGCCGAAAUCGCGUGGGCUGUCAGUGUGUGUGCGUGACCCGGACUGCCCGGCACACCCGAGCCGGUUAUGGUGGGCUUGUUCAUAGCUAUUAAUAUACAUUAAGUCUACAGCUUCCUCGUGAGGGGAAGUGGAGGGGCAGGCGACCAGUGACAGGACCCGAGGGCAGGAGGUGAAGCUGUGUCAGGGGAGUUUAAGUUUGGAUAUUAAAAAAAAAGGUUCUCCCACCAGAGGGUGUUGGGAGCUGGAACAGCCUCCCUGGAAAGUGGUCACUGCAGCGCCUGACAGAGCUCAAGAAGCGUUUGGACAAUGCUUUUCAGGCACAGGGCGUGACUCUUGUGAUUGUCCUGUGCAGGGCCGGAAGUCAGACUGUAUGAUCCUUGUGAGUUCCUUCUAACUCAGCAUAUUCUUUAACAUGAUUUGCAUAGGAGUAGUUAAUGAACUUUGUCCCAUAUUCAAGCGUGUUUUCCCUGAUUUUUUUCUUUGCUCAGGGAGCAACAGAAAUGGCCAACCAAGAAGAAGCAGAGAUACAAAUUUCGGAGUUAGAGUUACUGUCUAGCAUGUUUCCUUAUGAGGAAGAGUUUGCUGUGACAGACCAACUGGCUCUAGCUGAACUGAAACACUAUGUUGAAAAUGAGUCUGCAGAGGUGCCAUCUUCAAAAGUUCAGUUUAUGCUGAAUGUAAAGACAGAGGUGCCUAAUGCCUCUAUGGUAGAAUUCUCAAUGGCCUGUGCUUUACCAUUUAAAUAUCCGACUGUUCUCCCAGAAAUUACUGUGAGGUCAUCAUUAUUAAGCCGCUCUCAGCAGAUUCUCCUGAACUCUGAUCUAAGAAUAUAUUUGAUGCAAAACUUCAGUGGCGAGCCCUGCAUGCUGAGUGCGAGGGAAUGGGUUAAAGACCAUGCAGCUGCUUACAUUGACAAAGAUCUUUCAUCCUCCUCAAUGACAGCCUCAGAUGCCACACAGUCAGAAGUCACCACGUUCACUCGAUUGUGGAUCUACAGUCAUCACAUUUACAACAAGCAAAAAAGAAAGAAUAUUAUUGACUGGGCCAAGGAGCUUUCUCUGUCAGGGUUUUGCAUGCCAGGGAAACCAGGUGUUGUUUGUGUAGAAGGUUUACAAAGUAGUUGUGAAGAGUUCUGGUCAAGGAUAAGAAGAUUAACAUGGAAAAGAAUUCUUAUUCGGCACAGAGAAGAUGUUUCUUUGGAAGGUGAAGGACAUGCUGAGAUCCAGAAGCAACGAAAGUUCCCCACUUUGGAAGAAAAAUGUUUUGAUGCACAUGGUGCCAGGGGAAAUCAUAUGGACUUGGGGCAACUAUAUCAUUUUUUAGAAGAAAAAGGAUGUGCUGACAUAUUUCAAAUGUACUUUGGGGUUGAAGGGCAUUGAAGGGGUUGAAGAUCAGCACAGGCCCCAGCACCGACAUUUCUAAUUUAAUCCCUGUAACAGAUUCCCUAGCUUUUCUGCAACAGUUGGUCAGGGGAUUAAUAAUUCGUGAUUUAUGUGGUGAAUCCAGUUUUCAAUGAAAACAAAUAUCCAGUGAAAUCUUGAAUAAUGAAAAUGACUAUAGGAAUGCUUUAUGCACUUUCUGGUGUUAAGGAGAUUUUGGGUACAUACCUACUUAAAAUGGAAGAAAAUGUGUUUGAUAACCUACUGGACAGUCACAGAACUAUAGAUGGAUGAACAGAUGGAAUAUGGUGAAUGAAUAUACAAAUAAGAAAAGACAAAAAUGCAGUUUGGAUAUCUCAGGAGCGAGAACAUGAUGUUUACAUUAAUUGUUACUGUUUACAUACACUUCAUGAAAACUUUUUAAAAACAACUUUCUACUUUCUACCUGAUAGUAAGCCAUGAGAUGAAUAUUUUAUUUAAAAAAGAAUAAAGGGAGGGAGCAAGUUUAAAGAGUCUUACUAAUGCUACUAAGAUGAACUAGGAUGCCUCCUCUAAGGCAUAAGAAUUUUCUGUAGGUAAAAGUGUGUGUGCAGGAUUGGGCUCCCUUAUAGCAUGCUCCAAAACUCUGAAAUUAUCCUCAGCCUUCUGCGUUCGCAGGUUUUCAGUCCUGUAAUAUGAAGUGCAUUAUGCUGCGUGUUUUUGAGUGGAAUUUCAACAAUGUUGUAUCAAUGAGUGCUAAUUUUGUGGAUACUGCAUCUAAAUCCCACGGUAGAAAAAGCAGACGUUAGUUUCUCUGGAUUAAAUAUUUUUAAUAAAUAUUGAUGAAAUGUUUCUGUACACAUCCAGUAAAAUCUCUGCGAUUCA